AUGGCGGUGGCGAUGCAGGAGGAGAGGGGGGUGGAGAACUUUGAGGAGGACGAGAAGGUGGUGGUGGGGAACGCAAAGGUGGAGAUUUUGGUGGGGAACGUGGAGGGGGGUGGAGAACUUUUAGGAGGACGAGAAGGUGGUGGUGGGGAACGCAAAGGUGGAGAUUUUGGUGGGGAACGUGGAGGUGGAGGAGAUCGUGUUGGUGAAGAUGGCGGUGGCGAUGCAGGAGGAGAGGGGGGUGGAGAACUUUUAGGCGGACGAGAAGGUGGUGGUGGGGAACGCAAAGGUGGAGAUUUUGGUGGGGAACGUGGAGGUGGAGGAGAUCGUGUUGGUGAAGAUGGCGGUGGCGAUGCAGGAGGAGAGGGGGGUGGAGAACUUUUAGGAGGACGAGAAGGUGGUGGUGGGGAACGCAAAGGUGGAGAUUUUGGUGGGGAACGUGGAGGUGGAGGAGAUCGUGUUGGUGAAGAUGGCGGUGGCGAUGCAGGAGGAGAGGGGGGUGGAGAACUUUUAGGAGGACGAGAAGGUGGUGGUGGGGAACGCAAAGGUGGAGAUUUUGGUGGGGAACGUGGAGGUGGAGGAGAUCGUGUUGGUGAAGAUGGCGGUGGCGAUGCAGGAGGAGAGGGGGGUGGAGAACUUUUAGGAGGACGAGAAGGUGGUGGUGGGGAACGCAAAGGUGGAGAUUUUGGUGGGGAACGUGGAGGUGGAGGAGAUCGUGUUGGUGAAGAUGGCGGUGGCGAUGCAGGAGGAGAGGGGGGUGGAGAACUUUUAGGCGGACGAGAAGGUGGUGGUGGGGAACGCAAAGGUGGAGAUUUUGGUGGGGAACGUGGAGGUGGAGGAGAUCGUGUUGGUGAAGAUGGCGGUGGCGAUGCAGGAGGAGAGGGGGGUGGAGAACUUUUAGGAGGACGAGAAGGUGGUGGUGGGGAACGCAAAGGUGGAGAUUUUGGUGGGGAACGUGGAGGUGGAGGAGAUCGUGUUGGUGAAGAUGGCGGUGGCGAUGCAGGAGGAGAGGGGGGUGGAGAACUUUUAGGAGGACGAGAAGGUGGUGGUGGGGAACGCAAAGGUGGAGAUUUUGGUGGGGAACGUGAAGGUGGAGGAGAUCGUGUUGGUGAAGAUGGCGGUGGCGAUGCAGGAGGAGAGGGGGGUGGAGAACUUUUAGGAGGACGAGAAGGUGGUGGUGGGGAACGCAAAGGUGGAGAUUUUGGUGGGGAACGUGGAGGUGGAGGAGAUCGUGUUGGUGAAGAUGGCGGUGGCGAUGCAGGAGGAGAGGGGGGUGGAGAACUUUUAGGAGGACGAGAAGGUGGUGGUGGGGAACGCAAAGGUGGAGAUUUUGGUGGGGAACGUGGAGGUGGAGGAGAUCGUGUUGGUGAAGAUGGCGGUGGCGAUGCAGGAGGAGAGGGGGGAGGAGAGGGGGGUGGAGAACUUUUAGGAGGACGAGAAGGUGGUGGUGGGGAACGCAAAGGUGGAGAUUUUGGUGGGGAACGUGGAGGUGGAGGAGAUCGUGUUGGUGAAGAUGGCGGUGGCGAUGCAGGAGGAGAGGGGGGUGGAGAACUUUUAGGCGGACGAGAAGGUGGUGGUGGGGAACGCAAAGGUGGAGAUUUUGGUGGGGAACGUGGAGGUGGAGGAGAUCGUGUUGGUGAAGAUGGCGGUGGCGAUGCAGGAGGAGAGGGGGGUGGAGAACUUUUAGGAGGACGAGAAGGUGGUGGUGGGGAACGCAAAGGUGGAGAUUUUGGUGGGGAACGUGGAGGUGGAGGAGAUCGUGUUGGUGAAGAUGGCGGUGGCGAUGCAGGAGGAGAGGGGGGUGGAGAACUUUUAGGAGGACGAGAAGGUGGUGGUGGGGAACGCAAAGGUGGAGAUUUUGGUGGGGAACGUGGAGGUGGAGGAGAUCGUGUUGGUGAAGAUGGCGGUGGCGAUGCAGGGGGAGAGGGGGGUGGAGAACUUUUAGGAGGACGAGAAGGUGGUGGUGGGGAACGCAAAGGUGGAGAUUUUGGUGGGGAACGUGGAGGUGGAGGAGAUCGUGUUGGUGAAGAUGGCGGUGGCGAUGCAGGAGGAGAGGGGGGUGGAGAACUUUUAGGCGGACGAGAAGGUGGUGGUGGGGAACGCAAAGGUGGAGAUUUUGGUGGGGAACGUGGAGGUGGAGGAGAUCGUGUUGGUGAAGAUGGCGGUGGCGAUGCAGGAGGAGAGGGGGGUGGAGAACUUUUAGGAGGACGAGAAGGUGGUGGUGGGGAACGCAAAGGUGGAGAUUUUGGUGGGGAACGUGGAGGUGGAGGAGAUCGUGUUGGUGAAGAUGGCGGUGGCGAUGCAGGAGGAGAGGGGGGUGGAGAACUUUGA